CUGCGGGAAGAGGCGCGUCCUGAUCCCCAUUGGUCCAGUCUUUGUGCUGCUGUUCAUAGCAGAGAGCGAGAGCGGCCGCGGAGCUGGUGUCGGGGCAGUCGCUGCGCUUUGUUCACUGAAGUGGCGAUGGCUGCUCUCCUCCUCCUCGCUGCCCUGUGUCUCUCGCCAGUUCUGGCCAGUUCUGAGCUGAAGGAUGUGCCAUGUACUCGAGGCCCAGGGUAUUGGUGUCAGGACCUGAAGACGGCUCUACAAUGUGGAGCAGUACAGCACUGUUUUCAAACCAAAUGGAGUGAGCCCAAAGAGGCAGCUGACCUUUGUGAAAUGUGCAAGAACUUUGUCGGGGAGAUUGCCACUAUGGUGAAGGACAAGGCUGUGCAGGAUGCUGUGAAAGGUGCUUUACACAAAGGCUGUUCACUGAUCCCAGUAAAAUCAUUUAAAGACCAGUGUAACGAGUAUGUUGAUGCUUAUCUUCCCCUAGCAUUUCAAUUCAUCGAGAAUGAACUGAAACCGAAGGUGGUGUGCUCUGCUCUGAGACUGUGCAAGUCUCUGCAGCAAUUCCCCAAGCAGGAAGUGCUCUCCAACGCCAUCCCUGAGGAUGAACCAAACCUGGCCAACCACCCUCUGUCUCGACUUUAUCCUGCAAGCCAGAUACCUCAGCAGGAGGGAUUUUCCAAAGAUAUGCCCCAGUGUGAGUUGUGUCUAUUUAUAGUGAAAGAGCUGGUGAGUCUGCUUCCAGAAGAGAAAACUGAGAGUGCCAUUGUCCAUAUGCUUGAUGAGAUCUGCUCCCGCCUGCCCGAAAGUUAUUCUGAUGAGUGCCAAGCUUUUGUACAGAAGUAUGGAAGAAAAGUCAUCGAAAUGCUUUUUGAAGAAAUUGCACCCCACACUGUGUGUCUGACUCUCCACCUCUGCUAUACCAAGGAUGCAGAGAGCUCAGAGCAAUUUUAUGAACUGCUGAGUGGAGUAUCCUGUACUACAUGUGAGAACACUGUGCGUCAUCUCAGACUGGCUCAGAAGAAUGGCACAGAUGUGGAUGCACUGCUGGUGAAAGGCUGCAGCUCCUUGUCUGGAACCCAACGUUUUUUGUGUGAAGACUUUGUUCACUCUUACAAACCCCAGCUUAGCAUGAUGCUUCAGAAAUCCCAGGAAGAAAGGGACAUUUGUGUGGAACUGGACAUCUGUAUAAGGAAAAAGAAUGUACCUCUGCUUGGAGAGAAUGAGUGCACUUGGGGACCAUCACACUGGUGUAAGGACCUAGAAACAGCCACCCGGUGUAAUGCUGUGGAACACUGUAAGCAGCACAUCUGGAACUAAAGCUAAUUUACCAUCCCUGGUGGAAGACUGCAGAAAUUAAAUAUCCAAAAAAAAAUGCCAAGGCGUUUCUGUUUUAGGACCAAUUAUAUGAUGGUUCUGCCUGUGUGUGUUUUCUUUAAGCAAUUUUGUGCUGCUGUAGCUCGUGCAUAAUUGUUGCAGACAGAUUACUGAUAACCCCUUCCUUCCGACUGAUCAACACUGCUGGAUGAUAUAUUUGUAGUUUUUAUACGUGAAUUGAUUUUAAAAAAAUUAUACCCUAAUCAACUGUUGAAAUUUAACAUUUUAAAAGGAAAGGAUUGGGAAUGGAGCAUUAACUAAAGCUUAGAGUUUCUAAGAUGGAAGAGAGAAGCAACUAAAAGUAGGUACAACAGAAGGUGGAAGGGUGAAAGGAGAUUUCAUAGAGAUUGUGACAGGUUUAGAGAGCUGACAUAGAGGGAAGCUGUUCUUAACUGAGGAUGGUUCAAGGCCCAGGAAACAAAAGCCGUGGAAAUGAGGCAGCUGGGAUUGCUAUGACUUAAUAGGCUAAAUGUUCUCCUCCUAUGCUGUUUUUAAAAAAAAUCUGUGAAAGGUUUCCUGGUAUGUGUUAGAAGCAACUGUUGCGCUCUGAAUGGAAUGGUUUAAACUGUUAGUUACUUUGAGUAUCAAGUCUGUGAGAAGUGUUAAUGUUAAAGCACAUUUCCUUGCAUAAGAGUAUUUAAAAAAAAUUCACUGCACGUUAAUGAUUGUCUUUAUGAUAUCUCUAUUUUUGGACCUUACCAUGGAUUGUAUAACAACUGCUGUCAAUGAAUUCUGCCUGCCUCUAAUUACACAUAACUGAACAAACAAAGGACAAGAGGACAAAAAAAAGCUUUUUUUGAAAAUGUGAUGUAGAUUUGAAUUUACUUACUAACAUUUACUUGAUGAUCAGUCUUGUUGUAGCUAUGUCUGUAGAAACAAUGCUUGUAUUGGUUUUGCAUUUAUUCAGCAGACUAAGUGCUUUAAAAUCAUGCUCUGUUUCUUAAAUAAACUUUAAUCAACAUA